AUGACUCUCAUCGGAAGCUGUCUCUGCGGCAGUAUCACCUACACCGCUGAAAGUAUGUUCACCCCAGCCAACCAGAACCGUGAACUAACCAAGUUCCCCGCAGCCGAUGAGUACCUGAAAGCGCUCUGCCACUGCACUGACUGUCAAAAGUGGACCGGUGGCGCUUUCACCUCCAACGCAGUCGUUCCCCGCGAAAGCUUCAAAGUUACCAAAGGAACACCCUCCUCCUAUGACGUUGUCGGUGCCAGCGGCAAGAUCAACAAGCACUUCUUCUGUCCGACUUGCGGAUCCAGCUUGUACACUGAGCUCGAAGUCAUGGCCGAUAAGACGGUGAUCAAGGCGGGUACUUUGGACAAUGGCGACACCAACCUGGGUGGGAAGGUGGAUAUCGAGUUCUACGUCAAGGACCGGCCGUCGUAUUUGGCUGCUGUCGAGGGCGCCAAGCAGGAGCCGCGCUUUGGUUGA